AUGGACAAAGAGACACUCGACGCUUCCAUCUCGCACGCCGAGAACAACGAUGUCGAAGCCCUAGCAGCAAAGAGUGUCGGCCACAGCACAGCUGAGCAGGCCCGUCUUGGUGCUGAGGCCGAACACAACCUCCCCCCGCUCCAAGCAGUCCGAAAAUACCCUUGGACCGUGUUCUGGUGUCUCGUCGUGUCCAUGUGUGUCAUCAUGGAAGGCUACGACACAAACCUCCUCUCCAACUUCUACGCGUAUCCCACCUUUGCUCAGAAGUACGGCGAGUGGAAUGAGGAGACAAACAACUACCAACUUUCAGCUCCCUGGCAAGCUGGCCUUGGCAACGCUGCUGGGAUUGGUGCCUUCUUCGGAACACUCCUCAAUGGCCACCUGGUCACCAAGUUUGGACACAUCAGAGUGUUGAUCGCAUCCUUGAUCGCUCUCAGCUGCUUCAUCUUCAUUGUCUUCUUCGCGCCCGACAACAAAGUCCUUCUCGUCGGCCAAAUCCUCUGCGGUCUCCCCUGGGGCGUCUUUGCUACCACCGCGCCUGCGUAUGCCUCUGAAGUCCUCCCCAUGUCGCUCCGAGUUUAUAUGACCAGUUGGACCAACAUGUGCUUCAUCAUCGGCCAGCUUAUCUCGGCGGGAGUCAUGGCUGGCCUGGUCAACACACCGGCACCCUGGGCUUAUCGUAUUCCCUUUGCCCUGCAGUGGUUCUGGCCUGUUAUUCUGGUUCCUAUUCUGUGCUUUGCCCCCGACACUCCUUGGCAUCUUGUUCGAAUCGGACGACCCGAUGAUGCGCUUAAGAACCUUGCUAGACUUCGACCGGCAGCGACCGAUGAAGAGCUCCGAGAUGCUCUUGGUCUGAUCAUCUACACCAACAACCUUGAGGAGCAACUCUCUGUAGGCACAUCAUACUGGGACUGUUUCAAGGGCUUUGAGUUGCGCCGAACCGAGAUUGCUGUUGUCGUGUUUGCUGGUCAAAUCUUCUCCGGUCUGUACUUUGCCUACAACUCCACCUAUUUCUUCCAGCAAAUCGGCCUCGACUCAACAACAACCUACCAUCUCAAUGUCGGCGGAAACGGUAUGGCACUCUUUGCGACAUUGGUGUCAUGGUUCUGCGUCAUGCCUUAUGUUGGAAGACGUACAGCCUAUCUCUGGGGUAUGUGUGCUAUGGCUGCUGUCUUAUUCGCCAUUGGAGCUCUUAACACACAAACCGAAAACGAUAAGAUUGGUAUGGCACAGGCAGUUUUGACCCUGGUUUGGACAUUCAUCUUCCAGCUCUCUGCUGGUCAGCUUGGCUGGGCCCUCCCUGCCGAGAUUGGGUCAACAAGACUCCGUCAGAAGACAAUCUGCUUGGCCCGCAACGGAUAUGCCAUUACUGGAAUUGUCGCCGGUGUCCUCCAGCCUUACUUCAUGAACCCAACCAAGUGGAACCUCAAGGGAUAUACCGGUUUCAUCUGGGGAAGCACUGCCUUCUUGGUCUUUAUCUGGGGCUACUUCCGUCUCCCUGAGACCCGUAACCGAACCUUUGAGGAGCUGGACAUGCUCUUUGCCAAGGGUGUGUCUGCGAGGAAGUUCAGCUCUUACAAGAUUGAUUCAUUUAAUGAGGCGGACAGCACUAUUAGGGACAAUGAGAAGUCAUAG